AUGUCGUUUAGAAGAAGAGGGGAGAUUCUCAGCAGGUCAGAGAGAAUUAUUACGGGCUCGUUGAGGGAGGAUCGGGUGCCGACACGGAGGCCUGUCAGCUUACGCCGUGGAGGUGGUCUCAGUGGACCAAAUGCACCCCGUGCGCUUGGCAUCCUCGGUACUGCAGGCACCACCGGUACCCAGGCAACCCAGGGAACCCCAGAUUUGCACCUCGCAAUCAAGCCAUCUCUACUCACCUCUACACCAACCACAUCAACUGGUUCAGUCGAUAUUGACCUCAUAUUGGGCCAUCAGGGUCUCCCAUUGGGCUCCUCGCUACUUGUAGAAGAGGAUGGGGCUACAGAUUUCGCCUCUACGUUGAUCAAACUAUUCUUGGCUCAAGGUGUUGUCCAUAACAGAAUUUCUUCAUCUGGAGCCACUCAUGAUAUAGUAGUUGGCGUUCCCUGGGAGUGGGCUGCUUCAUUACCUGGCAUCUACAAGGGCUCUACAAGAGAACAGAAGCGUAAGAAGCUCGAGCAAAUUCAAAAGAGAAUCAGUGUAACCAAUGUCAUUGAUCAGCAAUCUGAACAGUCUUCGGAUCUCAAGAUUGCCUGGAGAUACGGACUUCAACAGAGACAGCAACAGCAACAGCAGCUCUCUACAGACACAGAAACUGACCCAUCUUCGCAAUAUCCCAGUUAUAAUUCGUCAUUUGAUAUCACCACUAACUUGGUUCCCGCUGCCAACCCGAAGGAACUCAGUUGUAUUCCCAUUGGGGACAGUUAUAACGGUAUUUUAAGUCAAAUCAAUAGUGUUAUUCAACGAUACUCGGAUAAAUUGAUUCGUAUAGCUCUUCCCUUGUUCCUCAACCCAAUGGUGUACAGUGGUGACAACUUUCUAAAUCCAUGUGAAGUGAUCCGGUUUCUUCAUUCACUCAAAUCGAUUCUCAAAAGACAUAAAGAUCGUGUCGUGAUGAUGAUAACGUUAAAUUUGGACUUGUAUCCACGUGAUAGUGCAAUGGUUACCAUUAUCGAGUCGAGUUUGAUCGAUGGUGUCAUUGAAUUGAAACCGUUUGACCCAGAACUUUAUGAAUAUCUAGAAAGAAUCUACCGGAAACAGCCGACAAAGGUGAAGCACGGGCAUUUAAACGUCUACAAGAUUCCAAUAUUGAGUGAUCUGGGCCUAAUGAAAGUGAGCGAGAUGGAAUUGUGCUUUAAAAACGGUAAGAAACGGUUCGAAGUGGAACGGUGGAGUAUCCCUGUGGAUGAGGGAGAGACGGAGGACAAAGACGAGAUCAAAAGCCCAAGUCAAUUGGACUUCUAA